AUGGGGCCGGAUGGUUAUGCCUCCUAUUUCUUUAAGAAGGCUUGGAAUAUCGUGGGUGUCAAUUUCAUGGGAGCGAUCAAGAAAUUUUUUUAUUCAUGUUCUCUCCUCAAGCAAACUAACCACACGGUAAUUGCAUUGGUCCCCAAAGGUACUCACGCUACCUCGUUGGGAGACUAUAGGCCUAUUGCUUGUUGCAAUGGUUUUUACAAAGUCAUCACUGAGAUCCUCUCCUGCCGAUUAAGGCCUAUACUUGGUACUAUUGUUGACCAAGUACAAGUCGCCUUCGUGGAAGGUAGAAGUAUGACAGAGAAUAUCCAUCUUGCACAAGAACUUUUGAGGCAAUAUAAUCGUAAGAGAGUGGCCCCUAGACGUCUUCUUAAAAUAGACCUUAAGAAGGCGUUCGAUUCGGUGGAUUGGAGUUUUCUUGAAAGUGUGUUUCAUGGACUGAAUUUUCCAAGCAAAUUCAUUCAUUGGGUGAUGGAGUGUAUUACCACUCCUUCAUAUUCUAUUGCUCUUAACGGUAGUCUUCAUGGAUUCUUUAAGGGGAAAAAAGGUCUACGUCGAGAGGACCCCUUAUCUCCUUUCUUGUUUGUGAUUUCUCUUGAAUAUUUCUCAAGAAUUUUGAAAGGUGCUACCGAUAAUAGUAAGUUCAAUUUUCAUGCUAAAUUUGGUGCUUUGAAGAUCACAUAUUUGGCUUUUGCUGAUGACUUGAUGAUUUUCUCUAGGGGUGAUCAAACCUCGGUGGUUAUAUUGAUGGAUUGUUUAUCCAAUUUCGGAAAGGCAUCCGGUCUUAGGAUGAAUGUUGACAAAUCAUGCUUGUACACGGCGAGUAUUAAUGGGCAAGAGCUUGACAAUAUAUAUGGCCUUACAAAUAUGUCUAUGGGAUUGAUGCCAUUUUGUUAUUUGGGUAUCUCACUUGCAGCACAAAAACUGAAAAUCAGCUCUUAUGAUGUGUUUAUCAAUAAAAUUUCAGCAUAUAUUUGUGCGUGGUAUAAAGCUUCAUUGUCUUAUGCGGGAAGAGCGAAACUUGUAAGGGCCAUUCUUCAAGGAGUUGAAUGUUUUUGGCUCUCCAUUUUCCUAAUUUCGGCCACAGUAACCUCAAGAGUUAUUUGCUUGUGCCGUAAAUUCCUUUGGGGGUUGAAGAAACCAUUGGUCGCCUGUCGCCUGGAACAACAUUUGCCUACCGAAAAGUGA